AUGUCGACAACAGCCAGUCGACUUCCACCGCAUCAAAUGCCGUCCGAUGUUGUUAAAGUGAUUCUCAAUCCCGAGUUGCGCCUGCAGACUCUUCUCAAAGGUGCCACCGAGAAAGUUUUCUGUCAAAGUGUUCCCAUAUAUCAAUAUUACCUUCACAUCUACAAGCUUUUCAAUAUGGGCAUGGAGUAUUCGGCCGAGAAUAACGUCGAGAAAGCCGUGUGCUGUUUUUUGAGAUUUGCCAGUGUCGCUCUGGAGGAUAUCCCUCAACACCGCGACUACAUCCUCUUCAACCCAACCGUCGUCUCGAAAGAUCGAAUGAUGAAAUGCGUGGUUGAAGCUCUUGAAUAUGUGGAGAGGGGAAAAGCUCGACUCAUGACCGUCUACACACAACAAUCCGAGGCGCUAAAAGCUGAUCUUAGCUUCUUCCAAAGCUGCACGAAGAAAAUCCCCUUUUGCACGGGAGUCGAUCACGAUUUUGUGAUGAUGAAAGAGAAAGAGGGCGACGAUGGCGACUCUCAAACUGAUCGAUCAUCGCACGAUUGUGAUUGCUCGACGGGUGUUCGUUUAGAUGACGAUUCGAUGAAUGAUUGUGGUGGAUUGGAUGAAACACUUCUUUCCUUUAUCUCGAUCGAGCUCCCGCAAAACGCCGUCUCCAAAUUUCUUGAAGUGGUUCGCGUGAGUCGACGAGACGUCGCCGCGGCGCUUGCUUUCUUUUGCGGGAAGAAGACGGACAAAAGCUAUGAAAUCACCCAUUUGGUGUUCCCCGGUCAAAUCUAUCUACAGGACAAGUCGCAAAUUGUCGUCCCAAAGGAGAUGACAAAAAUCCUCUCCGAGCAAGCGCCGGAAGUGAUCGGCUGGAUUCACACACAUCCACGAGGGGAUGCUUUUAUGUCAACAACGGACCUUCACGAUCAUUUCCCCUAUCAAAAGAAGAUCGAAUCAGCAAUUUGCGUGAUUUGCACAACGAAUGAUCGCCAAGGUGAGGAUAUUGGGUAUUUUCAUAUGACGAAACGAGGAAUGGAGGCUAUCGAGAGGUGUACAUUGAAUGAUCGACCGCAUAAUCAUUGUCAAGGAGCCGGCCCCCUCUUUCAAAAGGCCAAACACAUCAAUUUCUUGAAGGAUAAAUCGAUUGAUGUGAUCGAUCAUCUUGACUUCGAGAAGGCAAAGGAAAACAUAGCAAAGCCUCCACCAGUCACAGAGGCUCGACCGCCAAGCAUCGAAGUGGUGGCUGAAAUUCGGGGAAAUCCGCCGCCGACGAAAAAACUCAAAGUCGAAGCCCAAUUCAAGAAACCGAUCCCACCACCGCAGCCGCUGCAAUCGAAAAUAAAUAGGCCUCUCCCAAUAAACUCGACAACAACAAUUUCUUCCAAAGUUCCCAAUCCUCCCAUUGCCACCGUUACGACCAAUCUUCCAAUGCCAGCUGAACCCUCGACUUCUCAUCUACCCUUCCAACCAAUGCCCGCGCCUCCGAUUUUGAAUCCUGUUUCGAAUUUGGGCAACAAUCCACUCGCUUCAUUGCUCGCCUCAUUCUCAACGAUGAACCCGCCGAUUCCCGUGCAACUUCUAGCCGGCCUGCCGACGGAUCUUCUCUCGAGUCUGCUCAACCAAACCCCUUUAGAUUCCCAUUCUUCGAUACCCGCCCCGUCUUCCAGUCUGAUACCCCUUCCACCACCGCCUCCCACUUUUGAUACUGCUUCUACCUCGUCCACGCUGCCACUGCCCCCAUUCACCCCUACAACUAUGCCCUCGCUUCUUCCACUCAACUCAAGCCCGACAACUGUUCCGCCGGUGAUCUUCGGGAACCAAAUGAUUACGUUCGAUCCACACACCGGUUGUCCCAUCAUAACUUCGAAUCCUUUACUCCGUGAACCAUUCAAU